GGCGGGGCCCGGUGCCGGGGCCGGCGCUGGAGCGGCCGGGGGGACCCGCGGCGGCCAACACUGAGCCCGGCCGCACCCCCCGGCACCGCCCGGGACCCGCCGGGAGUCUCCGGGACACUCGGCUCCAGCCCUGCUGUCCCCAGCACCUGGCACAGGGAUUCCCACGGGAAGCGGUGAUGUCGGACAGAGGUGGCAGCAUGGACGGCAGGACGGACAUCGUCAACGGCAGUCUGUCCAGCAGCCCUGAGGACAUGUCAGCCGAGGAGGGCCGCGAGACAUCCUCGGGCAUCGAGGUGGAGGCGUCCGACCUGAGCCUGAGCCUGACGGGCGACGACGCCGGGGCCGCCCGGGGCCGCGCCAGCGACAGCGACAGCUCCGGCGACAAGGACAGCGACAGCAUGGACGACACCGGCCACUACUCCAUCCCCGAGGAGCCGCGACACGACGAGGACGAGGACGACGAGGAGGAGGACGAGGAGGAGCCGCGCGCCCGGCGCAGGGCCCCCCGCAAGCGGCCGCCGCACGAGCGCGACUCGUCGGACGAGGAGCAGGCGCUGGAGGACUGGGUGGCCUCGGAGACGUGGGCUCUGCCCCGGCCUCGCUGGAGAGCGAUCCCGGCGCUGCGGCAGCGCCAGCUCGGGGGCUGCUCCCGUUUCGUGGCUCAGGCCUGCGGCGCCCGGCUGUUCGUGCAGAAGUUCCGGCUGCAGCACGGCCUGGAGGGGCACACGGGCUGCGUCAACACGCUGCACUUCAACCAGCGCGGCACGCGCCUGGCCAGCGGCAGCGACGACCUCAAGGUGCUGGUGUGGGACUGGCUGAGGCGCCGGCCCGUGCUGCAGUUCGACAGCGGGCACAAGAGCAACGUCUUCCAGGCCAAGUUCCUGCCCAACAGUGGCGACUCCACCCUGGCCAUGUGUGCCCGGGACGGGCAAGUGCGCGUGGCCGAGCUCUCGGCCACCCAGUGCUGCCGCAGCACCAAGCGUGUGGCCCAGCACAAGGGAGCCUCCCACAAGCUGGCGCUGGAGCCAGACUCGCCCUGCACGUUCCUGUCUGCGGGGGAGGACGCCGUGGUGUUCACCAUCGACCUGCGGCAGGACCGGCCGGCCUCGUGAGAAAUGGUGGUGACAAAGGAGAAGGAGAAGAAGGUCGGGCUCUACACCAUCUUCGUCAACCCCGCCAACACCUCCCAGUUCGCCGUGGGCGGCCGCGACCAGUUCGUGAGGAUUUACGACCAGAGGAAAAUCGACGAGAACGAGAACAACGGAGUCCUGAAGAAGUUCUGUCCCCAUCACCUGGUGAACAGCGAGUCCAAAGCCAACAUCACCUGCCUGGUCUACAGCCACGACGGCUCAGAGCUCUUGGCUUCCUACAACGACGAGGACAUUUACCUGUUCGACUCCUCUCACAGCGACGGCGCGCAGUACAGCCGGCGCUACAAGGGGCACCGCAACAACGCCACGGGUGGGGAGAGUCCCCCAAAUAUCCCUGAAAUAUCCCUGAAAUAUCCCUGAAAUAUCCCUGAAAUAUCCCUGAAAUAUCCCUGAAAUAUCCCCCAAAUAUCCCCCAAAUAUCCCUGAAAUAUCCCUGAAAUAUCCCCGAAAUAUCCCCCAAAUAUCCCCCAAAUAUCCCCCAAAUAUCCCCCAAAUAUCCCCGAAAUAUCCCCCAAAAAUAACCCAAAUCCAGCCCUGAGACAGCUCAGUACAGCCGGCGCUACAAGGGGCACCGCAACAACGCACGGGUGGGGAGAGUCCCCAAAUAUCCCUGAAAUAUCCCUGAAAUAUCCCUGAAAUAUCCCUGAAAUAUCCCUGAAAUAUCCCUGAAAUAUCCCCCAAAUAUCCCCCAAAAAUAACCCAAAUCCAGCCCUGAGACAGCUCAGUACAGCCGGCGCUACAA